GAUCAUGGUAUAGGAAUGACAAUCGUAGGGGGCGAGAGUACGGGUAAGUUGGAUCUUGGGAUAUUUGUGAAAUCAGUAGUACCUAACGGACCUGCUGAUAGAAGUGGUCAAAUAUUCCCAGGUGAUAGAAUUCUCGCUAUAAACAGUCAAAGCUUGGAGGGUGUACAACAUCAAGGUGCUGUGAAAAUUAUUCGCGAUUCCAAAUCAGAUGUUACAUUGUUAUUAUCCCAAGUUCGAGCCCCCCGUACUCUCCGUAGA